AUGAAUCAAGAGCAAAAUGAACUCAAUGGUUAUGGAGUGGAAGGCACUAUCCCACCCGAAACUUCGUUAAAACAUGCCAAGACAGACCAAGGAUUGAACAAUGUUGUAGCUGUGUUUGUUGUACAGUUUGAUGUGCACAAGGGAAACUUGGUUGAAUGGCAAUACCCCGAAGACUUUGAUUUGGAAGGUGUUGAGUAUCAAGCUAUUUGCAGCGGAUUACAUCGUAUUGAGUCAGACGUGAUCUAUUUUUCACGAAACGACGUGUACGGAAUAAGUGUGUUUCAGAAUAUGCCUACCGAGACUGAAAGAGGGGCCCAUAUGAAGGCUAUUGGAAUCAUUGUACAACCCACACUCAAUACAGGAAUCUGUGGUCAGGUAUGGACUCACAAAAAGUUUCUGAAAAAAGAGUUAAGUCAUCACAUGGUGGUUUCUGAAAGCAUCGAGUCUAGUCGAUAUGAAAGACUACUAGAAUAUUAUACCCAUCAUCAAUACCGAGAGGAGCAACAGGAAGAGAGAGAGCAAUCACCAAAUUUUUAUUUUCCCGAGUCUAAUAAUCAUCAUAGUGUCAAUUACAAUUUGAAGCAUAACGUGGCAAAAGGCAUGUUUAGACACGACGAAUUUGGUGCCGACUCAUUCUCUGAUUUUGUACACAGAUUCGGUCCAGAUAUUUUUGUAUUGUGGAAGGCAGCCUUGCUGAGAAAAAGAAUCAUGUUAAUUAAUAUGCCGCCUAUGGAGACGGCCUGUGAAUAUGUCUACAAUAUCCAUCUUCUGGGUAAAGUGCCAACGCAAUUUCAAAACAGAAGAAGUGAUCUUGUACCUAAAUUUACUGUUGGUGUAAAUGAUAUUCCUCAAUUAGAGAAAAAGAAUCAAAGUUACGUUGCAUGCACACCUGACUCAAUAUUUCAAAUUAAAACCGAACUAUAUGACUUAUUAAUUACACUUCCAACUCCAUCAUUUCAUCAUCCUAUUAAAGGAAGCAGCAACUCUCAUCAGGCGAUUCCAUUGUCCGAGAUUAGUAGUAAUCAGCCUCGUUUCAAAUCUAGUGUGAUGUCAACAACGCACAAUCCAGCCGAUUUUACACGGUUUCGUAUCAUGUGGAAACAAUUAAUGUCAAGCUCUUCCACAUCAUGGGCUGAAUAUGUAGCGGCUGAGCCAAAAGACAUUGUCCAUACUGCCGCUGCUUUGGUGACGGGUGUGUAUUAUUGGCUGUACCAAGAGCCACACGAAUCCUCUCCCUCCCGUUUUUACUCUUCUUGGCAGAAUUUGUUUGCUGGUAAUACUCGUCGUGAUAGCAACAACCAGUUGCCGAUAUUUUUAAAUCAAACGUCGACUGCCGACGAAAGCCAAAACUUAUUGCUGGACGAAGAUGAAGAAGAUGCCACCGAAAUCAAUAACAGCGAAGUGUUUAGUGUAGUAGCUGCCAGAGCUUCCAGUGAAAUGUAUCAAAGUCAAGAGAUCGACGUUCUUGUGAAGGAAGACAAUGAAAUUUUGUUGGGAUUCUUUCAUUCUCUAACGUACUAUCUAUUAUCGACCUUGCAGACAAUAUUAUCUGUCAAUGAAGAGGAAGGGUGUGAGAUCAUACACUUGUAUCCAAAAGAUGUUGUUCAGCUAGGUCUAGAUCCACAGACCGAUGUUGAGUUUAUAACCGAACUUGCGAAAUUGUAUUUUAGAAGACGGAUUAUUAGGAAUAGCAAUGGUGCAAUUCGUAUUUAA